AUGAAGGAUGCCUCAUGUGACCCUAGCUCACCCGCGCCAUUGAUGGCUGCGUGGAAUACCGAAUCACAGGUUCACUUGAUUAUCGGUUCGAAUCCAAUUGCCGCUGCUCGAUGUGCAAGAAGCAUCGAGGUCGGCGCAAAGCCAAUCAUUAUUGCGCCGGAGACCGAUAGCAUGCACUUCACUCUGUCCGAACAUAUUGCCAGUGGCUCUGCCCAGUGGAUCUCUCGUGAGUUCCAAGAUAAGGACUUGACCACCCUGGGCAGAGAAGAGGUUGAUCACGUUGUGGACUUGGUCUUCGUCACCUUGGGCGGCAACAAUUCUCUGAGCCCACACAUCUCAAAGCUUUGCCGGCGUCUCAGAAUUCCAGUGAAUGUAUCAGAUGCACCUGAACUGUGUUCCUUCACACUACUGUCUACGUACUCAGAUGGCCCUCUUCACAUUGGUAUCACGACAUCAGGCAGGGGUUGCAAACUUGCAUCCCGUCUCCGGAGGGAGAUCGCCGCCUUCCUACCCCAAAACCUUGGAACGGCCAUUGACAGACUUGGUGCCGUGCGGCGGCGGCUGUGGGAGGAGGAUAAUGCCGCUGGGUUAGGAGAGGCCGUAUUUGACAGGGAGGAUGAUGAUUCCACAGGCCAAAAACACACAUUCAACAAUUUGGUCACGGAAGGUGAUGUUGCCGCCGCGAAGACGAGAAGAGUGCGUUGGCUCUCUCAGAUCUGUGAAUACUGGCCUCUCCGAAAGCUCGUGUCUAUCACCGAUGCCGAUAUGGAUUCCAUCUUGAAGGCGUAUUCAGCUAGCAGUGGUACUCUGGCUGGCACAAACGGCCUCGAUGCCCCCUCAAAGAAGGGGAAAAUUGUGCUCGCAGGUUCUGGACCUGGUCACCCAGAUCUACUCACUCGCGCGACUUACCACGCAAUUCACAAUGCCGACCUUAUCCUCGCAGACAAGCUCGUUCCCGCCCCAGUUCUGGACCUGAUUCCUCGCCGAACGGAAGUCCACAUUGCACGAAAGUUCCCCGGCAACGCAGACCAGGCGCAGGAAGAAUUCCUCCAGAUGGGUCUGGCAGCUUUAAAGCAGGGACGUCAAGUUCUUCGCUUGAAACAGGGAGACCCAUAUCUUUAUGGACGUGGAGCAGAGGAGUUCGAGUUCUUCAGAAACGAAGGCUACAUCCCUGUGGUGUUGCCGGGUAUCACCAGCGCCAUGAGUGCAUCUCUGUUUGCUGAUAUCCCGGCGACCCACCGCGGUGUUUCGGAUCAGGUCCUCGUGUGUACAGGUACUGGCAGAAAGGGCGCUGCUCCCAACCCUCCCACCUAUGUACCUACCCAGACUGUGGUCUUCCUCAUGGCUCUCCACCGACUUUCUGCUCUUGUCGAAUCCCUUACUACCUUUCCCACGGAAGACACUGAUUCACAGUCGCGCGCGCUCUGGCCUAAGGAAACACCAUGUGCGAUCAUUGAACGGGCAUCAUGCCCUGAUCAGCGUGUCAUUCGCUCGACCUUGGAACAUGUCUGUCUGGCCUUUGAAGAGGCAGGGUCGCGACCACCAGGAUUGCUGGUUGUUGGCGCUAGUUGCCACGUUCUGCACAACCCUCAAGAUCAGCGAUGGGUGAUUGAGGAGGGGUUCCAUGGAUUGGAUGAGCUGCGUAAUGAAGUGGAUGCAAUCGUGUCGGUGGACGAGAAGCAGUGA